GUGAACCAGUUGCGUCUACGAAUUACGAUCCUUAAAUUUAAUAGAAUGGUAAUCGUAGUUUCCGAGUGUUAUAGAGUGAAUUUAUGAAAUAAGUUCCAGUUAAUUUUCGCUACAAGCUUUCAACUUCAUGAAGAUAAGCCAGAGAGCUAAAGCCGCCCAUUACUAAUGUCUACUUUUACAGGAUUCUUAUAUGAUGUCGAGUUCUGACGACUACCUACAACUCCAUACUGACGGGUAAGAUGUGGCUACAUCAGUGUUUAGUAGUCUCACUCAUCGUAGUCAUGGAAAUUUCUCGAGGACACCAUAUUGAAAUCGAACAAUCACCGGAGGACAUAAAUUUGGAACCGUUUAAAAAUAGUAAACAAAAUAUACUGAAAAGAAGUGCAAAUAAGCCGAUUUUAUAUUCGGAAUGGGCUGUUUGGAGUACUUGCAUAGAUGGACGUAAAACUAGACGUCGACAUUGCUUGCGUCGGCAAAUAUGUGGGGAUUCGCUACGAAUAGAAGUUGCGAGUUGCGAUGUGUCUCGCCACGGAAAUCUGAGGAAAUAUAUUCGUGAAUACGACAGAGCUGUAAAAGGAAGGGAUCAACACAUACUUAUGCCAAAUGCGAGUUUGCGACAGCUGGAUGAAAUCGAUAUACAAAAAAAGUUUCGAGGUUUCUCUCCUUGGACUUCAUGGACUCCUUGCUCGCGAAAAUGUAGUACUAUGAGGCGAAGAUAUUGCCAGAAAACGUCUAUAUGCGGGCGGAAGGUAAUAAGACAGUCCGCCUACUGCUAUUUGGAAGGUAGCUACUGUUAUAUGUGGAUACGAAGCAAAAUGCAGCGGCGAAAGGACCCAGAACACAACGUUAUGGAAUCAAUACCACAGCCAGUGCCUGCAAUUCACCCAGAAGACUCCAGAGCAUUUUCUACCAGGAUGCCUCCAUGCGGUAGGAUAGGGAGAUAUCGCGGUUCACCGAACGCUCGGCUGCGAGCCAAAAUGCGAGAUAUGGUCCGCAUUAUAGGAGGCAGACCGGCUCCACCUGGCAAAUGGAUCUGGCAAAUUGCUGUCCUAAAUCGAUAUAAGGAGGCGUUCUGUGGCGGCACACUGGUGUCUCUCCGCUGGGUGGUGACAGCCGCGCAUUGCGUGAGGAAGCGUCUGUAUGUGCGUCUGGGGGAGCACGAUUUGCUCGUACGGGGCUACGGCGAGGUCGAGAUGAGGGUCACUGAAGCCGUCAUACAUCCGCACUACGACCCCGACACUGUCAUCAACGACGUGGCUUUGUUACGAUUGCCCGGGCCAGCAAGGCCGGAACUUGGUCACGGUAUAGCCUGCCUACCCAAGCCGCAUCAGAUAUUGCCUCCACAUUCCAGCUGCGUUAUUCUCGGAUGGGGUAAGAAACGCCCCACAGACGUCCAUGGUACAAGAAUCCUUCAUGAAGCUCAGGUAUCAACAAUACAGCAGGGCGUGUGUCGUCGCUCGUACUGGCAGUACGCCAUAACGGACGACAUGGUUUGCGCGGGCCGCGGACACAGGGACUCCUGCGCCGGCGACUCAGGCGGGCCCCUUCUGUGCAGAGAUCGGAAUAUGCGUUAUGUUUUACAGGGAAUCACAAGUUUUGGAGACGGCUGCGGCAAACGCGGCAAAUAUGGGAUUUACACUAGGACUGCGGGCUAUGUGAACUGGCUCCGUGACGUCAUGAACUACAAAUACUUCGAUGAUUGAUGCGAAACGAUCACAAUGUGAGGGAAAUUGAAAGCGAUAUAGAAUUUCGACGUAAAUGAGAUUAUUUCGGUAUUUUAUUUUGUCACCUUUAAAAAAUACUGUAG